AUGGCCCUCCCCCUAAACCACAAACCCAACACCCUCUCCCUGCACCUCCUCGACCGCGGCUCCCCCUUCACCUUCCACUGGACCCUCUACCUCACCUCCUCCCCCCCGCACGGCCAGACCUUCCACCUCAUCAACGCCCCGGGCUCAGACCUCUGGACAUUCGACUCCCAACCCACGGAGGAUAUCACGCACGGCGGCCGGCUUCUGGUGGCGCUGGAGCUAGGCGAGAUAGAGCCGGCGCUACAUGCUGCGAUGGCGGAACGGCUUGCUCAGGUGUCGGUGGGAUACUCCACCAAUUUCCGAGAGGCGAUGACGUGUCGAAUCUGGGUGAAGGAGGCGCUGUUUGCGCUGGAAGAGGAGGGGUAUCUCUGUUUGCCUGUGGGAGGUGUGCAGGGGGUGGACGGGAUUGAGGAGGAGGCGAGGGGGUGGGCGAUGCGGAACCGGGUUGCUGGACGGUUUGGUGUUAAGGUUUUGGGUGGUGUAUGA